UUCAGCGGCCCAAAAAAACGUAAAAUUAUAUAACUUUUGUUGCAUUUUUGAGACAAAACUCAACUCAUUUUACUAUCCGUCCUUUUUUGUCCAAUGAAUCCAUAAUGCAACAUGAUUUCAUGGGAUGGCCGAGUUGCAUAUAGUUGGACAAAUUUCAUCCGCAAAAAGUUUUAAACAAUCACAUCUACUCUGUAAAUGGAAUUUUUACGUUGGUAAUGGUUGGAAAAUCAUAUCAGGACAUGAGGAAGGACAAACGCAAGAGAGCUGCGAUUUUUAUACUAAUAAUCCAGUUUGGGAUCAUCCGGUAGAUUUACAUUACACAACGCAGACUAUACAAAAUUCUCCGAAGUUACUAUUACAAGUGUUUGGCAGAGAUAAUUAUGGAAGGAUAAUAUUUCUUUCCUAUGGAGUAUAUAAUGUUCCAAUAUCAUCUGGUUCUUAUGUUUUAGAUUGUCAUACAUGGAAACCUAUUGGUACUUGGAAGGAUAGAUUAUAUGAUAAAUUCCUAGGAAAUAGUUUACAAUUAAAAUCACCUAGUGUUUUAAUAAACACAUUAGAUAGGUUUGAAAUACUAACACAAAGCAUGGGAACAGUGAUCGUUCAAUUACAUAUCUUAACAAAAAAUUUCGAUAAAUUUGGAUUUCUUCCAUUGUUACUAUUAGCAUGUAUUAAUGUGGUAGAAGUAACGAAAAUAGAAGAUAUAUCAAUCUGUAUAAAUGACACAGAUUGCAAGGAGUUAAUAAACUCAACCAUAUAUACACAGAUUCCUGAAAUUGAUAAUUCAUCUUUAAAAGACUUAUCAAAUAAUACAGAAGAAGAUAAAAUAUUCACUACUACCAUUCCAACAGAAAUAAUAUCUUCAAGAAUAAAUAUCAACUCAACAGAGCAACUAGAAGUACAGUCAACUUUCACAACAAUAUCCUCGCCAGUAGUGCGUCCAAGUGGUUAUGAAAUUCUUACACUUGGAAAAAAAGAGAUAUGCGAAUGUGACUUGAUUAAAUCUUCUUGUAACAUCAAUUGCUGCUGCGACAUCGAUUGUAAUCAUUCUCAUUUAUCUGCCUUUUCGUACUGUCAAAAUUAUCAUGUGGAGCUUUAUGACAGUCGAUAUUGCUAUAAUCGUAAUUUCAUACAACGAAAUAACACACCUUUUAUUUUUGAAAAACUUGCAAAUAACUUGUUUUGCAUUCUUUACGACAAUCUUCCAUCUAUAUACAGUACUAACAAUAAUUUGGUAUUAUAUGAGGAAGAGCUAUGGAAAAUAAUAGAAAUGAACAAUUACAAAUGGGAAAUAAGACAUAGUAAAACAUUAUUCAAGUACAAUUUGUCAAAAUAUUAUCAACAUGGAGAUAUAUUGUGGAAAUUACAUGAUAAAUCUAUUGAAGAAAUAGAGUUUCUACAGUCUGGAUUUACUGGAAUAUGUACGUUUAAAAAAAUUUUAAGAUACUUGCAAAAUUGGAAAGGUGCUUGCAUACAAAAUAAAUUAACAAAUAUUAAUCCAUAUUUGUUCACUGUGACAUUUAGUAAUUUUACAGUUAUUAAAUCUUUGCCGUCAUUCAACGAUACACUUACUACAAACCAGAUGUGUCAAAGCAAUAUUUGUUUACCAGUAAGAAUUCAUUACUGUUUGAAGUCAUUUUCUGCGUGCAAUAGAACCAGCAUAUCAGGAUUUUGUAUGAAUUCUACUUGUACCAACAUUGUAAAGGGUUUAAAAUAUGUAAUUAGGCACAACGGUUCUGCUGGUAUUAACAGCAUUGAUGCAUAUUUUAAUAUAGGAAAUGCUUCUCAUCCCUUUUAUCAAUAUUUUGAAGUCGAAUACAAAUGGAUAGAUUCAAAUAACACACAAAUUUUCAUUCGUAGUGGAAAUCUUGGUUAUGAGAUGGGUAAGCCCAUUAUUAUUGGCGUUUCUCAUGCUAAUACAAGCGAUAAUAUUUUUUUCAAUAGAACCGAUGGAUUUUUUACAUUGCCCUUGGCCAGAAGAAAUGGAGAAUGUGAUCAAAUUAAUAGACAUGUUGUCUUAUUCGGUGAAGAUAUGAGAUUGGCAUGUUCGAUUAAAUUGUUUAUCAAGAAUUUUACUGCGUUAUCUUGCGCGGAACUACAAAAUCUGACUAUGCAUUUAUUGACAAACGAUUUUUUAAACAUAAAUCAACGUUACAGCACUUAUAUUUCAAAACUAGGUAAUUUUUCCAGCAAAAAUGAUAUUGAUUGGUUGCAGAUCAUGUUCGAUAGGAUACCACGAAAUAUUAUAACAGCGUAUACAGUCGGUAAACGAAUCUUAUGUUCAGGAUUAGUUACAUCUAUGCAUUUGAAUGUCAUUUAUUCUAUGUUGUCGAAACCCAAAACAAAUUAUAAAAUAUUGGGUGUUGGAGUUGUAUUCAGCAAAGAAGAAGACAUUAGCUGGCCAAAGUGCGCAUUUGAAAAUUGUACAGAUGUUCUAGAAGUCAAUAUUAUUUCUUAUGUUAAUUUUCAUGAUGUUUCAAAACCGUCCAAAUAUCAUUUUGCUGGUGGACCUAAUUUAGAUCUUACAUUGCCUUACGAUUUUUUCUAUCCUUUCUUGAAUAGCUCAACUGCGAAAAUACCAAGUAUAUUGAUUUUUUUAAUCAUAAAUCCAAAGCUUCUAAGCAUGCUUAUGAGUCCGUUAAGGUGA